AUGUUGGGGUUAAAAGUUUUGGUGUACCUUGGGAAAAAAGAGAAAAUCAGAAAUCAAGAGUCAUGUUUCGUCCGUCAGACUUCCAGUGCGUCAGCACAGUUAUGUAAGAAGCCCAACACCAAGCAGCCCAACUCCAAGCCCACCCAACCCGCAUCACGCAGACUACGUAGCCUCUUGGAAACCCACGCUUCCACGCUUCGUGACCGGCACACCACGCAUAUCGUUGACGCGACAGCUUACGACGUAGUCCAUCCCUCACCAUUCACCCGCAGCCACUCGCUCCCGUCCCGCACCGCCAACCUGCGGCAAUCCACUGCUAAAAAAAUCUCCGGUCUUGGCUUUGCACGUCUUAUUCCCGGGCCACACCUGACCGCUGUUUCUCAGAUCCACACGGCAGUGCAGUGUAAAUCAUAG